AUGACUACCGCGCGCAAGGACCGCUUGCGGCCCGAGCCACCAGCAGCAGCCGACACCUCCGACUUCUCAUCGACAUCCAUAUCGAUUCCCUUCGAAACGGUCAUGCAUUCCAGACGAGCCUUGCGGGCCUCAUAUCGCAAGUUCUUCUUCUACCAUGUCCUGUCACUCGUGCCGACACUCGUCAUCCUAAUAGCUGCACUCUUCGGCUCGCUUCAGACCCGAGAGCUUUGCCAUCUGCAGGAUUCAAGGGAGGCAGAGGGUUACGACCUCACCGCCUUCUCCCGCUUCCAUCCAACGCACUCGGUAUAUCAAAGAGGGCAGUGCCGCAGCAUCCUCGAUGGUCAGCUUCUCGCAUCCACGCUGGCCCUCGGCCUCGUAGGCUGGCUCGCCUCGUACACCAGCCGCAAAGCCUGUCUCGCCAUCUCGGAUCGACUUAUACCCCGACUCUUCUCGUCGUCCUCGUCGAUUCUAUCCCGCUCGACACGCUUUCAGCUGCCUACGCAGGAAGGGAGCUCAGGUAAAGAAGGUCUGAUCGUCACAGUAGCAAUCGCGAUGCAGGCGCUGGUAGCAGAGACCCUGCGAGUGCUUUCAUUUUAUUGGGCCUGCUGCCUCCUCGUCACUGCGCUCUACCUGUAUCCGAUACAGGACCGAUACUCGCAUCGCCCGCACUCGAGCACGGCGGCAGACAUGUCGGCUAUCGCGGCGCCAGACUGGGCGUGGCGUCUCAGCUUCCGCGACCCGCGCUUCUUCGUUGCUGCUUGGUCUUCCAUCGCCUGGGCGCUCGCCGAGUUUGGCUUUGGGGCGUUUCAGAUCUUGCAUCAGGUUGCGCUGUACAAGCCAGUCGAUGACGAUGAUGAUAACGAGCUAGCACGUGAGGCAAACGCGACACAAUCGAAUGGGGCAGCAGGGCAGUCCGGCUUCAGCUUGCUCUCCGGGCAUCCUGGGGUGAGCAACGAUCAAGUGUCAACACCAGAGCGGAGCAGCGGGAAGGCCAGACGCAUGUCGGCCGGUCGAGCGCUCGAGUCCGCAAGGCAGCGUCUUGUCCAGCCGACCAGCGAUGCAGCACGGCAGCAGAACUACGGCGCGACCGGCUCAAGCGAGCCGGUCGAGAACGGUAGCCACAGCGAGGCGGUCACCGACGAGGAGGGAAGCUCAAUAGCGAGCGGAUCGAGCUUUUCGAACGCGACGAUCUCACUGCUGGAUCAGGAGCUCGAAGAGGAAGUGGAGCGCUUCUUGAUAGCCAAAGAGCGGUCCGAAGUAGAAGCCGUGCUUGGCGUUCCAUUGCCAGAGAUCCCAGUGGCACUCUGCGCACUCUGGCGGAUCGACGCGAUGCUAUGGAGCGUUGGCAGCAGCCUGCUCCUCUCAGCAUCGUUCACCCACGCCCAGGGGGCACUUGGUCACCUCAAUCACGACCGCUUUGACCUUUCGCCCCGUUUCCACCUUCUCCCGCGCUUUGAAGGCUUUGGCAUCACCUUUGCCGUCCUCGUCGUUCUACACACUAUCGUCUCGUCGCUCUGGGCCACCUCUUUGCCCAUGGUUGGCUUCGCCACUACUACCUACGCCUCGUUGUUGUUUGGACUUGCUAUCAUGGUUGCUAGUCUGGCUCGAUGGGGGUUGCUGAUCUGA